CUGUGUGUAAUUUUCAGUGUAACCCGUCCCGCUGUGGUAAUACAGCGCCCCCGUGUGGCUGACCUGAAACGUAACACUCGGAUCGCUUUGAGUUCAAACAAGCUAGGCUUGGACGGGAUGCGCCGGAUAAAGUGGAACAUGACAGACCGCCAUUUGCCUUUAAUGUCCUGAUAAACAAAAGGAAUGAAAUUUGGCUUUGCAGCUGAAGGGUGAAUGUCAUCCUGUCAAGCUCAACGCCGCUGUUAGACCUCGCCGUCGUACGAAACUACUGAGGGCAGCCCAGGUCUGCAUUGGUGUGAAACGCCUCGGCUUCCAGCGCCAAACUCAGGGAGAUGGCUUCACCCUUCGUGCCUGUCCCUGUCCCCAUGGACAGAGCGCUGUCCGGCGGCAGGCUGAGGCGGCCGCAGCGCGCUGCGUCUCUCGGGAGCGUCUCCAGCGGUUCUGAGUCCUCGUCCCCCAUCACCAGGUCAGUGGGGGACGAGCGGAGUCGGACCGGCGGCGAGUCGGAAUCGCAGCGGCAGUCGCGCUGCGCGGACAGAGCCAUCCGCAGCCUGACGCCCCCACCGCCGCAGAGCCCCGUGACCCGGGCCAGGGUGAACGGAACGGUGGAGGCAUCCGUCCAGUACUCGACGUGCCCUCGCUCCAUGUCGGACCCCGCCGGGCGUCAGCAGGCGGAGGAGAGGCCGAUCACCCCGACCGUGCUGGGGUACGAGGUCAUGGAGGAGAGAGCCAAGUUCACGGUUUACAAGCUGCUGGUGAGGAAGAGUCAAGACGAGAAUUGGGUCGUGUUUAGAAGAUACACUGACUUCUCCAGACUCAACGACAAGCUAAAGGAAAUGUUCCCCAGCUUCCGACUCUCUCUGCCUCCUAAGAGGUGGUUUAAAGACAACUACGACAGCGACUUCCUGGAGGACAGGCAGCUGGGGCUACAGGCAUUUUUGCAGAACUUGGUUGCACACAAAGACAUCGCCAACUGCCUUCCAGUGAGGGAGUUUUUGUGCCUCGAUGAUCCUCCGGGGCCUUUUGACAGCCUUGAGGAGAGCAGGGCGUUCUGUGAGACGCUGGAGGAAAGCAACUACCGCCUGCAGAAGGAGCUGCUGGAGAAGCAGAAAGAGAUUGACUCUCUGAAGAGGAAACUGGAGGAAAAGGAGCAGACCAUCCUGACGCUGGAGAAGCACGCCAAUGGAGGAAGCCUGGGGUCUCCCUGCGGUCUGUCGACUCAGGGAAGCGAGAGCAGUGCAGACGCCGACGUGGAGUCGUCUGCAGCAGAGGCGGAUCAGGACACGCCCGGCGACACGGGUGGCAGGUGUCGGCUCCAGCCGGUGCGGUCCGCCGCCUGUUGGUGCGGCCCGGCGCUCAGCACCUCUCCUCCGGUCAUCCAGGUCACUCAGCUGUUCCACAAGAACCCUUGAAGCCCAACGCCAAGCCUUUUCUUUUUUUUUUUUCUCCCGUCCCCCUCCGUUGUCCAAUUGGCUUCGCCUUUCACAUCACUUCGACUUCCUCCAUCUCUCAGGCUGGAACUGCUGUUUGCCCUCAGAGGGGGCAGAGCUCGACCCGAUGCACGGAGAGGAAAUAGUUUCACGCUGACACCACUUGUGGGUUAUUUAACCCGGCACCUGAAACACUUUAGAAAACCCGACAACCUCAAGACGAAAAGCCGAGCCGGGUCGCUCUCUAAUCUCCUCCUGCUUCUGCCAGGUCGAGUUUGUGAUAAUUUUGCCUCCGGAAAGCGUGGCUCCGACGAAACUUGUACCGACAAUCGACAACAAAAGUAACCACUGACAUCCCCGGACGUUUGUUGCCUUUUUGAGAAGACAGCUUCUCCGAACUGAGAAACAGCACCCCCUUGUGGCUUUUCUGAGCAGAUGUACCCAAGUGGGUUUUGUCACAGUCAACAUCCACUGAUUGUUAUCGGUGUAAACAAACCAUCGGUUUGCAUCGUGAAGCCAACAUUCCCUCUUGUCUCAAGUGCCAAGUGCGGUUAGGAAGCGUCAACAAAUCAAGAUGGAGACAUGAGAUGCAAUAGCUGACACAUUUCAUAACUAAAUAGAAGAAAGAAAAAAAAAACAUGACAUUUGUUAGUAGCUACAGUCAUUGUUUAGUAAUGUAGAUACACUACAUAAAAAAAUCUGAGUAUUUUUGAUCUAUGUUGUAGUGCAAAUAUCUCACUUUUGUCUUAUUUCAAGUGUACUGACUUGCAAGAAACAUACCAAAUUCCUUUAUAUAAGUGUAAAAAGUUCUAGUUCCACAUAUAACUAUUACUUUUUCACCAGUAUUAGGAAAUUAUUGGCUUUAAUCAAGUUCUUAUAUCUUGCUGAAAAGUUACUUUUAUCUUAUUACAAGUGUAAUAAAAUAUUUGCACUAGAAAUUAGACCAAAAACGCUUGGUAAUAUUUAUUGUUUUUUUGCAGUGUAUCAGUAGAAGACCAUUUCAGACAGUUUACUUCCAAACAUCUACAUGUUAACAUGCAGCUUUGUGUUUGAGCUAUGGAAGAUGUUACAUCAACACGUGCACUUUAAGAUACCGGACUCUAGAUUAUUGCGGUUUCCGUAAAGACGAUUUGCUAUUUACACUUGAUGUAUUUAAUUUAUUCAACACUAAGUCAGAUUUCAAAAGAAAAUGUUUUACUUCCCAACCGUCACAGUUGACAUCGGGGAGUUCAGGUGGCUUGAUCGGCCAAGUGACCGCGAGUUUAAACUACAAGAGAAAGACUGUGUUGAACCAAGACUUGGCGAAAAGCAGCCCAUCUUUCACAUCGCGAAUGGUGCUAAUUAACUCUGAAGCGGGAAACACUUCUCUGAAAACGUCACACCCAGACUGUUCCUGGUGAACACGUCACCUACACAAGCCAUACUUAUUUUUUACUUUUAUUUUUUCAAUCCAAGCAACUCCGGAAAGGCAGACGCAUCUGCGGCUUUCGCUCUUUAAUCGUUGUUUAAGGGGUGGGAGGGACGCGGAGCAGCUGACGGCGUCUCGCGCUCGGCCUGGAACGGCUCGGGUCUUGCACUUUAUGGAUGAAUGGCGAAGCUUAAUGACCGCUCGGAUGUUGUUUUUACUCUUCCUAAGAAGGCCACAUGCCUUUUUGAUCACUACAAGCCGUUUUGGUUUCCGACGGGGUCUAAGAUGUUAAUAUUUCGUUUUAUAAUCUGUGCCGCUCUGGAUAUUUGCCUCUUGCAUCAUUAAGUGCCUUGAAGGGUUGUGUUGUUGUUUUCUUAGGUUCUCUUCUGAUGAGUUGGGAUUGCUUUAUAGAUUUAUGCAGGACAUGAAACAUAUCCUCUCUCUCUCCCUGUGAUGGAAAGGUUUUAAAUAACACUCUUGUGUAUAUAUUUAUUGUUGUUUUGAAUAGAUAUGUUUUUGUAAUAUUACACAAAUUGAAUCUUAGCUUAUUUACACCUGUAGUUUCACUUUAAAAAUAUAUAAACGUAUAUGCGAACAACAAGCUCCAAACUAUGAAAAGGAUGCUGUAGACUCUGUAACACACGCUGUUUAUUAUGUUAAAAAAAAUCAAUAUUCACAUGAUUAAAGAGGGAGUAACGUAUUGAACACACCUACCUUUGUUUUCUGUUUUCUUAUGUUUAAAGUUGGUGUUACCACGGCAAUAAAUGGUGCCAGGAACCUGUGAAAUAAAAUUUUGGAUCUAUCUGCUGUGAUGUUGUGACGUAAGAUUUUUUUUUUAAGGGGACGGAGGGGAAAAGACGCUUUCUAAGAGUUCUGGUUAUUUAAAGUGGAAAAAUAGGCUCUCGUUACUCAUGAUGUUUACUUUUCAGCUCUCAGUUUCGCAAAGUGCCGCUUUAUUGCCAAACGCCAUUCACUAGAUUAGCGGCUUACGUUGUGGAUCGCUCAUAUGGGACCCAUUUCAGUCGUUUGACAUGAAAGAGUCGGCUGAAGUCAGAUGUUUGGUUCAAGAUGGAGCUUAUCAAACCGAUGUUCCUGCGCUGCCGCUUUUAUUAUCCCUCUGAGACGCGAAUGGGGUUCGAAACCGGGACGCGGUGUCCAAGUUUCAGUUUGUUUGCCCAACGAUGUCAUGGGUCGUUUCAAGAUUUUUCUUUGAGAAAGCACGACUGCAGUUUUCAUUUUAUUUUUCUUUCUCUCAACAAUACAUAUGAACAGUUCGUGUCACAACUUAAUGAAAUCAUGAGUGAACGUUGGCUAUUCAGCUCAGACUAUUGCGGACAUAUUUCAAAUACACAACAAAACAUCAGCUCAUUCAGUGUCGCCUCAUUGUCGUUAUUUGCAGAAAGAGAUUUAGAUCAUUUAUCUCACUGUCAAGCCUGUUCCACAAACUGACGCCAUUAAUAGGAAUGCAUCUCUCCAUCGUCGCCGUUCUGCUUGGGCUAUCGGUUGUGAAAAUAUGAGCUCAUAAAAGAAGCACCAGAUCCACUAAAACUUGCCAUUUGGCAUAACAAAAGCAACUUAUGUCAAAGUUAUCUCUUAAAUUUCAGACGACCAGACGUCCGAACUGGUUUUGUAAACUUUCGCCUAGAUGAAAAGUUCUCCAUCAGUUCCCGUCUGUGUUGUCCAUCACAUCGUGUCUUCUGGCGUGUCAGGAAGCGGUUAAACUGCGUGUAGAUACAAUUAGGGAAAUUGCAUAACGUCUUCAUUCCUGCGAACCAUAAUAAUCUCCAUGCUCUCUUCAAUACUUUUCUUGGGAUCAAAACCCAACGUGCCAAAUUGUAUAAUUUGACAGACUUUUGGAGACGUUAUCUACAGACCUUUGUUUAUUUUUUUUGUUUUUUAUUUCUGCUCCUGAUCUAAAGUUUGCGCCACAGUUAGAGGAGGCUACCUCUCCUGACUUGGCUGUUGCUACUUAUAAAGCAGUUAAAAUCACUUGACAGCGGGUUCCUAAAUAGAAACAUCACACAAAGUCCAAAUUGUCCAACGCUUGUUAGAGAUGAACCGAAAGAAGAAAAUCAGGCCCAUUGAAAAUGGAUUGCGGUGGGUAAUAAGCAGUCAUAAGGACGCAGUAAUGUUCCAUUUCUUUUUUGCGACCGUCUGUAAUCCAAAAGAUGUUGUAGUCCACGCCUGUUGUGCCGAGAGAAAUCGAGUGAAGUUCAGAAUUGUGGUAUUUGUGAGGACUGAAGCUGUUUUAUAAGAUCACGCUGUCGUCAAAUUCACCGUUUACUGUCCCCAAAGGUUUGACACCUAUAAAAUGUUCCCUGCAGGUCAGAUUACAACAAACCAGCAUAUUAGCUUGUGAGGUGACAAGAUCCGCGUUCUUUCUUUAAGGCUUCCUACAGAGCUAGUGACAUCAGAAGACAAUAAAUGUACUUAACUCACUUUGCACCAGAUGAUAAAAAAAGUCAAGGAUUAUUAGGCAAAUGCUAAUUUUUUUUAACCCAAAAAUUAGUUACUGUUCUGACAAAUGUCAAGAACCCCUUUUGCACUAGAAAACAUGGAUUUUUAUCAGCGUUUAAGUUGAUAGUGGUCCCAUAUUUGGCUGCUGUAUUUGCAGCUGUGGCAGUCACCUGGUAUCAGUUAGUUAAAUGAGGUCAUGAUGGGGACAUUUUAGAAAACGUCAAGUUUUUUUAUGCAAUCUCAUUAGGCCAUGUUACAUAGCCACACUUUAAGGAAACACAUGAUUCGAGUGUGAAAAGCCACCAGAUGCUGUUGACCUUUAGCCUGUAUAGAAAAACAAACUAAUGCAAAUAUAAGAUGUUCAUUAAAAAUAAAUCUGAUUAACUUUGGGUCAAACUCAAAGGUGUCUGUUGAAACAGAGGCUUUUUUUUCUUGGUCGGCACACUGUGUGUGAAACUUGCAGUUUUAUUAAAUAUGGCAUUAUGGCAUAACUUCCUCUUGUACAAGCGAGUGGCAAGUAAAGUACAUGAAGCUUUCGAUUUCAAUCUCGCCAAACAACAUUUACCCAGUUUUCACAAGCAGAUUCUGACAGCAAAAAAGACCGAGAGGAAAAACCCCAAGAGGGCCGUUUUCCGUGACCCAGUCUUAAUCUAAGAGUGUUCACCGGUUCUUGUACGUGUGCCAGGCCUCCUACUGGCCCCUGCAGCAGAAAGUAGCAGUAAAACGGGCAGAUUGAUGCCUCGUGAAUCACAUCCAUAUGGUUUGAACUUGCUGGUGUCGCGACUGUGGCCCCCGAAGCCCAUGAGUGUCCAUGUUUUGAUAAAACUAAAGGCCAGAAAUUUCAACUCCACGCCGCAUGGAGCCACACAAGCAGGCGGAGGGAAAGAUGCGAUUGAGGAAGGAACCCAUUCGAAGCUGCUUGAAUGGCUUUUCGCUCUAAAAACAGGAUAAAAGCUGGAAACAACCGUAAUGAUUUAAGGUUCUCUUAAACCGAGCUGAUAUUUUGAGAGUUUUUUCUAUUGCUUUGCUUUCAUACCAAGCAGAUACUUUGCCCAGAUCAGCUUUAAGUGCUCUGUUUUUGAAUUCAAUACUGUGAUAUAUUUGAUUCAUGAAACCAGACGGAUCGUCUGCUGCGAUGUUUUUGAAAUGGGAGUUGUUUCAAGUCCAAUUUGACUGCCCUAAACGUCCAACUCUGCAGUUAUAUGACAUUCAAACUUUUUUAUAUAAAAAUAGAGAUUUGUUUCUGAAGAUUUGUUAUUUUUAUGUCUUCGGUGAUAUGCUAACCUGACAGUAACCUUAAUCUUGCAGAAAGGAAAUCUGUAAAUUAUUGGCAAUCCUGUUACCAAUAAUUAAAUAAUUAAUUUAUUUACUCUUUUAUUUUUUUGCACAGUUUGGAAAAUGAAAAGAUAAGCAUUUUCCAAAACUUUUUUUGUGUUUUUUUUUCUUUUUACGUUAACACAACAAAUGUCGGACAUCUGUCUUCAGCUUAAUCAGUGUAAUCAAUGAAGACAUAAAAACAAAAACACUUUGUGUUGAAACCUAAAUAAAUGAAUGUCUAAAGAGAUGUUGUCCGAAAAUCUUGAAUCAUUCACAAAUUGUGGAGAGAGGACCCGAACGACAUCAUCCAGAGGGCUGCAAAUGGCCCACGGUCCACACUUUGGACAUCCCUGCUUAACGUAACACAAUUGGAUUUAACACGCAUGUCACUGGUGUUUGC